AUGUAUAUUCAUGGUGUCCCUUUCGCUUUACAGUGGCUUGCGUUUGCACCGGCUGUAGGUCUUAUUGCACCUAUCCAUGUGGGAAGGCUGCCCUUGGAAAGCAACUGGGACCAUUUGGCGACGUCACCCACAGAGUUCUUCAUAGAAGUUGGAGCAACAGAGGGCCAUUUUUUUCGCGACGAGCUGGGUGCGAGGCUGGAAACAGGCUUCCUGAUAACCUUCGAGCCACACUUCGGGCGCUACUUGAGAGUCAUGACAAGUGCGGGGGUCGGGUCGAUGCAGUUUCGAGCUUUGGGCUGGCAAACGAACCGAUCCAUGAUCUUGCCGUUCGCGCUUGGAUGUAGCAAUGCGCAUGGUUGCAGCACUGACUUCGGCGUGACUACAGCAGUGGGCAAGAGAGGCUGGCAAAGGUGGGCAAGGCGAAGGUGCAGCAUUCUGGUGGAUGGUGUGAGCGUGCCAUGCUUAUCCCUCGCAGAUGUUAUUAAUCAUUGGCUUCGUGGACACUGCGUUGCAGCCAUGAAGUUGUCCAGUCAUCCUUUGCGAGCACUCCAGUCUCUAGGUGCACUUGCUGGGAGGGUAGAGCAGAUUUACUUGCAGCUUCCGGCAAUACAGUCUGAGUGUUUGGAGACGCUACGUACACUCGCGGUUUUGGGUUUUGUGCCGCGACAAGGUGGAAGAGAUGUGGAAGUGUGUGCAACACAUCAGGAGUUGUACAAGAUUGCGGAAUUUAGACAGGGAAGAGGGUCCUGCGCAUCAUCACAUUCUCCGCUCCCAGGGCGCCUCCAGCGAAAGGAGCUAUUGCAACUAUUGGUUGCUCCACUCCAGGUGGCACCGGUGCCUUUUUCCAAGAAUUGGGCCCACCUAGAGGCUCCGACCGAGUUCAUGCUGGAAGUCGGCACCAAUAACGUGAUUCUGCUGCGAGACAGCUUGCCGCCAACCGACAGACGAUUCCUGCUGUCUUUCGAGCCUCUCCUUGACAAAUACGCCGACCUCAUUACAUCUUGGCCUUCGGUUGUGAAUUCAGAUGAGGCAAGCACCAUAGGGGCCCACUAUUCGAGAGGUGUCAUGCUGCCGUAUGCAGUUGGUUGCCCCGCAUCCGACGAAGUGGCCUUGUUCCACGUCGGCCUGGCCGAUGUAUGCAGCAGUCUCCUCAACAUUUCUGAAGGUUUUCGGGGACAGGGGUGGUCGCACUGGUUCAAGGACUUGAAGGACACAUGCGCCAAAGAGAUGGAUGUACGGCUGGUGCCCUGCAUCUCCCUGGAGACUGUGAUUCGGGAUUGGCUUCUAGGUGGCCAUAUAUCUUUCUUGAAGAUUGAUGCCCAAGGGAAGGACUUGGACGUGGUUCGUUCCCUCGGAUCUCAGAUGCACAAGGUGCGUAGGAUUCAGAUGGAAGCCCUUCCAAAAAGUCACGAGUCAGUGUAUGUGAACCAGCCGAUGUGCGAUCACAUUGUUGCUGAGAUGAUGAAGCUCGGCUUCAAGCCGAUCUGCAGGCUGGCAGGCUCCAAGAACUGGACGAUCGCUGACAUUUGCAGCUUGCAGCUCAAAGGCGAAGGGGAUCUGACUUUCUACAGGCAGCGGCGGCCGCUCAAUGCUGCGUUGUAG